CUUGUAUAAAACCCACCACUUGUCUUACCAUAUCUUCAUUACAUCUCUCUCUCUCUCUCUCUCGCUCUCGGUUUUGUGAGACUGUUUCUAUCUUAGGGUUUUCUUAGGUAUUUUUCAUUUAAAAGGUCUCGUAGUGUUUGGUGAAGAAUCUCUGUCAUACGUCUCCCCUUGUAAGCAAAGUUUUAUAAGCGAGAUAAGGACUCUUCUUGCGUUGUAACCCAAAAAAAAAAACAAUGGAAGGUUGUCCAAGAAGCAGAGAAACAUGUCCUAAGCUCCUUGAUUUGAUUCCUCAAGAAAGAAAAUGGUACCAUGAUGAAGAGAAGAACAACUCAGAUCAAGAAAAGAAACUUGAGCUAAGGCUUGCACCACCCGGUGGUGAUGAAGAAGAUCAUUCAGCUAUGAAGAAGAAGAAGAACUUAGAUACAAGAAACAACAUCAAGAAGGAAGCUGAAGACAAACCUAUCUUCAAUCUCAGUGGAAACCAUUUCUCUCCUUCCAACAAAACCACGUAUGCUCCUCCUCACAUCUCUCAUAAAAGGACUGCUCCUGGGCCAGUGGUGGGAUGGCCUCCGGUUCGUUCGUUCAGAAAGAAUCUAGCGAGCUCAAGCUCUUCAAAGCUCGGAAACGAUCAAAUCAACAAGAGUGGUGAGGGAGAGAAGCAAGUCGAACCUAAGAGGGAAGGAAUGUUUGUAAAGAUCAACAUGGAUAGUGUUCCAAUAGGUAGAAAAGUCGAUCUCAAUGCUUACAGUACCUACGAACAGCUCUCUUUUGCCGUUGACAAACUCUUCAGAGGUCUACUCGCAGCUCAAAGAGAUGCCUCUGGUGGUGAAGGAGAGGAGAAACCGAUCAUUGGUUUAUUGAAUGGUAAAGGAGAAUUUACUUUAACGUAUGAAGACAAUGAAGGAGACAAGAUGCUUGUUGGGGAUGUUCCUUGGCAAAUGUUCAUUUCAUCUGUGAAGAGACUGCGUGUGAUUAAAAGCUCUGAGAUUUCAUCUGCCUUGAAAUUUGGAUGCAGUAAGCAAGAGAAAAUGAGGAACUGAAGUGGCUUUCAGGAACUUCUGUCUGCGUCGAAGGGUCUCACAGUUUUUUAAUUUGUACAUCAGGUUUUUGUUAUAUAUAAAAGAUGAUCAUUGGCUUUGUUCAGAGAGACAUUUGAUCUGAUCUUGAUAUAAUCUUCCCAUGUCUUUAAGACACUCAACUAUGAGAUUAUAGAAGCGAUGUGUGUGUAAAAAGCAUUUAGUUUAAGAAAUGCUUUUAGGAAGAUACUUGGAACAUAAUGAUCAUAUCAUGUCUACAUAGCUCCUUUAAUAAUGUAAAAGGCUGAGAAUAAAAUUCCAUUAUUUAUCUUC